GGGCUGAGUGGAGUGGAGCGGCAGCCUCAGAGAAAAGCUGUACACAUACACAGCAGCAGCCCAGAGAGGCACACAGAGCCUUCUCCUUAAAUGGUCAAAGCUCCCAGGAGUGAAAGAGAGGCUGGUGCUGGGAAAAAAAAGACAGGGAAAAGAAAGGAAAAGAGACAGCUAGGGAUAGUUAGGUUUUCUGUGAAAAAAAUCUGGGAAUUACAGUUUGACUGAGGGAAAGUUCUGUCGGGUGUUUUAUGUGGAGUUUAUGUGGAGCUAAGCAGUGGAGGUUGUAUCUCUUACAGGAGGUUACAGAGCUGUGACGAUUCAGAGGCACCCUGCACUGAUGACAACAAAACAAGCCAAGCCCAAUGUCCUGACCAAAAGCACAACAGUACCAGCAGCAAUGGUCCUGCACCUGCAUUUUUAGGUUCCAUCCCAGUGUCAGAGACACAAACACCCCCAGUGUCCCCAUCACAAGUCUUCCUCCAGUACGAGUGUGCCCCUUCACUUACCGUCCCAACGGAUACACCCCCCCCAGUCUGCCUGUGUCAGUCACGCUGCCGCUCGCACUGAGGAGAAUGUAGCAGGUCUCAGAUCGGAGGAUCCUAGUUGCCGUGACUACUGUCAGCCAGAGGCCUGCGACUGUGGGAGUGGCCAAGCAUUGCCACCUGGAGACUGUGGGAGGAGUCAGCCAUCAAACCAGAAGACAGUGCUGGUAGUAAAGCCUCUGAACCAGAAGAUAGUGGGAGGAGCAAUGCAUUACAACCAACAGAUAUUGGGUGUGAUCUAGAGCAUUGUGGGAGUUUCCAUUCUCGAGAUCUACCGACUGUUUUAAUAACAGGCUCAGAUAAGGAAGGAGGGGGCCACGAGUUGUACUGCUUUCCCUGGGUUCAGACUGAACAGCAGUUAGAGGAAUCCCCUACCCAACCCACUCCAGCUGAGAGCCCCUUUUUCUUCCCCCUGACACAAACCCGAGCCCCACAGCCCCCCGUAAUGCCCGUCCUCCCGGAAGAAGAGGAGGAUUCCCCUGAGGAGCUCGACAGUUCCUCCAGCUCACCCAGCACAUAUACACCAGUUGAAAGUAGAGCAGUUACCGUGGCGAUGCCUGCUCCCACCAUUGUCUUCCCAAAGCAAGCGACCGUGACCGUGGUGCAAGCAGACGGUCGCCCUCUGGAACAGACCAGACCACACAGUCCCAGAUCUCGCUUGUCCCGAAACUCCCUGGGAGGACCCAUCACUACCGUCGACAGUACAGGCAAUGUGAUAGACCUGGUGAAAGACCAUCUGCCUGAGCUGCAGCUCUCAGAGGAGGACCGUCAGAAGAACCUGGUGCUGCUGCAGGAGGCCAAGAAAGUCAGCGACCGCUUCCUGAGCCGCAGGGGUCGAAAGUCCACCUGCAGCCUCUCUGAAUCCCCCACAGGUCUUUCUCCUAACCACACACCAUCCUCCUCACCUGUACCGUCCAGAAGCAGCUCUCUUAUCACAGCCCCUCAAAUAGCUGUAGCCACAGAGGUGAACUAUGCCCCCUCAUCGCCUGUCAGCCUGCGAUUGGAGGUUCUGUCUACGAGGGAGCAGGCUGACACCAGUACACCAGAGCAUGAGAGCACCAGGAGGUUGGUGGACUGGAAGCCCAAUGAGAAGCGUAAGGUGUCCUCAGGCAACCUGGCUCCCCGCUACUCUGGCCCCCCACCCCCCAGGGAGCCCAAUGGGGGCCAGAAGGAGAACUGUGACCCCCGGGUAACAGCUAAGAAUUGCCCAGAACCAGUACUAGUCAAUAAGCCAGAGGAGGGUCUGGUUCGAGCCCCCAACCAGGCCCCUGCCACUGGGGUGGCCAAGCCUGUCCCUCGGCCCCCCACUCAACAGGCCCCCUGCACGGCAGAGAUCAAGACAAUCGGGGCCUUUCCUCCCCUCAUGAGAGCUGUGUCCUGGGACACUGUUGGAACUCUCAACGCCAGGAAUGGGGCACCAAGUCUCCCCCCUACAAACGAGGAAACCUUCUCCUUUCAAGAUAAGACUCGGGAUGCCAUGCUCAAGUCCUCUGGGUACAAGGACUUCCCUGUACAGCCUGUCAACGUGCAGAAGCUGUCCAAAAUAAGAGAGGAGCACAAGCUGAUGCGGAACCAAAGCAUUGUGGGGUCAAAGUUGGCAGACUUGAGUGAAACAGCUGAACAGGAAAGAGGGUCUCCUACUGAUGAGGAGGCUAAAGAGAAGUCAGACGCCAUGCCCAACAUCUCAGACAUCAUGCUGAGGAAACUCAAACUGCACAGAGGGCUACCAGGCUGUGCACCGCCACUCACGGAAAAAGAAGUUGAGAACGCGUUUGUUCAACUGUCGCUGGCGUUCCGGAACGACAACUACACUCUGGAGACACGGCUCAAACAGGCGGAGCGGGAGCGGACCCUGACCGAGGAGAACACGGAGAAGGAACUGGAAGAAUUCAAAGGCUCUCUGAAGUGCACGGCACCACAGUGGAGUAACAUGGAGCAGCGGGAGUCUUACCAGUGCCUCAUAGAGACAGUAGCUGUACUGCACCGUCUGGCCACCAGGCUCUCCAGCAGAGCUGAGAUGGUUGGAGCAGUCAGACAGGAGAAACGUAUGAACAAGGCCACAGAGGUGAUGAUGCAGUACGUGGAGAAUCUGAAGAGGACCUAUGAGAAGGACCACGCUGAGCUGAUGGAGUUCAAGAAGCUGGCCAACCAGAACUCCAGUCGCUGCUAUGGAGGAUCCAUAGACACUGGAGAUGAUGGAGUCCCACGGCCAUCCAGAUCAAUGUCGCUGACCCUGGGAAAGGCUUUGCCCAGACGGAGGGUCAGUGUUGCGGUAGUCCCCAAAUUUAACCUCCUGAACAUCCCUGGUCAGACCCCGGUCAUGGCAGGACCCGGCCCCAGCGUUGCCAUGGGACCCAGCCCCCAACCCACCAUGGGCCAAGCACUUCCUGUCCUGUGUGAAGCCAACAGUGUGAAAAGCAACUUUCCCACUGAGCCAACACAUCCAGCUAUAGAUGAGAGUGGAAAGAGUGUAGCAGAGCAGGAAGCUGAGCCAUCUGCCCCAGCCAAGCCCUCCGUCAACCUAGAGGAGAUCAGAUCAGAGAUCAGAUCAGAGAUCAAGGCAAAGAUCGAGGAGGAGGCCUACAAUAAAGGCUACCAAGAGGGACUGAAGAGAAGCAAAGAAAUCAAAGAGAUGGAGGAAGAGGAGGAGGAGAAGGUAGAGGAAAAGACAGAAAAGAAGGAUGAAGGAAAAGAAGUCAUCAGAAAAGAAAAGUUCAGCAGUAAGGUUGAAGAGGUCCUAGUUGUCCUUGACCGGCUUUGCCCAAAGAUUUUCCGCCGUAACCGACUUCUCUGGAUUGUUUUGACGUUGUUCCUGGUCACGUUUCUGGUCAUCAAUGUUUUCACAUACUUUAGUGAUCGCUAUAACAACCAUGGGGACAUGUCGGCAGAAAAAGCCAUGGUCCAGGACAAGAAGAAGAUCUUUGAACUGAAUGUAGGAGUACAGCCAAAGAAUCCCACUCCAGAAUAACAAAGAGCCUGUCUCAUACUUCUCUCAGUCCACAGACAAUUCUUUCCAUGAUACAUCACCAUACAAGAGCUGAACUUGAAUAUGGGGUUUUGAAGGGUUUGGCGAUGUAUCUUUGGGAGCAUUUGUUGAUUUUUUUUUUGUUGGUUUCAGAGGACAAGCCUUUUAAUGAUCAUAAACUUUAUCAAGGCAUAUUUAUGUCGUGUUAGGAAAGCUGCCCAAGUGUUUGUGAUGUUGAUAUAUGAUUGUUGCUUUGGGGGCCAAGUAUAAUAGUGUGAUGAAAUAUUUUCUUAUGUACAGUGAGAUCCAGGACUUUGGAUUUGAAAUGAUACAAUGACUAUGAGGUUAAAAUGCAGACUGUCAGCUUUAAUAUGUGGGCAUUUUCAUUCAUACCAGGUGAACUGUUUAGAAAUUACAACACUUUUUGUACACAGUCCCCCCAUUUCAGGGAGCCAGAAGGUUUUGGACAAAUUCACUUAUAUGCAUAUUAUAGAAGUCCAAAGUGUAGUAUUUGGAGUAUGACUCUACUAAUCUGUUGGAUACAGUUUCACAGUUUGUUUCGGUUGUGUUUCAGAUUAUUUUGUGCUCAAUAGAAAUUAAUGGUAAAUAAUGUAUUGUGUCAUUUUGAUGUUAUAAAUAAGAAUAUAAUAUUAUAAUAUUAAUAUAAUAACUCUUCUACUUUAAUGUGGAUGUUACCAUGAUUGUGGAUAAUUCUGAAUGACACAAUGAACAGAAUGAACAGGGAGGAUUAGCAUUUUGGGGGGUAUGAUAUUUACAUUGUAUCAUUUCAAAUCCAAAGUGCUGGAGUACAGAGCCUCCCAGAAAUAUAUAUAUUUUUCAUUGUCCAAAUACUUUUGGACCUCACUGUAUGUAUUCACAAUGUAUUGUUGUUAUUCCUUGUCCUACUCUGAAUGUCAUCCUGGAGGACUGAAUGUGGCCCCAUGGGCGAAAAUGAAAGAUUCCUGAUGAGUUCCCUAAGACAAAUGUCACAGUAGACAUUAAACUAAUGUACAUUCAUCUACCACUCUGUUAUUUUAUGUUCGUUCUCUCAGGUCUAGUAAGAGGACAUCCGCUGAAGAGAUUUACAGAGAUAUUUAAAGACAUAGAUAUGUUUUUUUUUUUAAAUUGAAAUCUUUAGUAAAAUAUCUAUAUUUGUGGUAUUUAAGCAGAUACGUUUUGGAAAAUCUAUAAUAUAAACACAUUCCAAAGUAGUUCCUCAAGUGCAAUAUUUAGCAGCUGAUGGUUCCUGUUUGUUGGUGUUGUUACUGUGUUGGUUUGCGUCCUCCGAGCCUUGAAAGAUUUCUUUAAUGUACGAGAGCACUUUUAGACAGCAUGAGAAAUCUUCCCGCAUGCGUGCCAGGGUUUUCUGUUGUGUCAUUUUCGCCUUGAAAUAAAGGUGCCUUAAAACUCGCAGCAUUCAUUUCCAUAGUGAAUAAUAUAUGUCAGACAGACAGGUGCAGUUUCCAUGAAGCAAACAGGUGUGUUGGCAGAGUUCUCAUGCUAACCUCCCAAAUCAGUCGUUUCCUUGGAGGAAUGAGUGACACAGUAAUUGUAUUUUUCAGCACAGCGCUUGUUCUCUUCCUCCCUGCACUUAUGAAAAUGAAAGAUCUUUUGAACCUUUCAUAUCUCUCAGGAAACCACUUAUGUAAUCUACUUGGCUCCAUUAAGCUGUAGCUGCAGUGUGUCAAGGCUGCUUGAGUGAUUCUCUCUAUUUUAAUAUUAAAUUAAUGUCACAAAAUAAAAUAUAAAUGUUCUCUUUAGAUGUCAAUUUUUUGGGGAUGUUUAAAUGUCAUUGACUCUUCUCAUACAGCAAACAACUACUUUUGCUUAUUUUUCAGUUCUUCCUGCGUCAUUUCCUACUGUACUAGGUUGAGGUGAGGUGUUUGCUGGAAGUGGGAUUUCGCUGUGGGUCAGAGUCACAUCAGAGGAUGCCAGGGAUCAUGAGCUUGUUAAUGACUGAGCAAUGGGCAGAGGGAGGAAAUCAUUGUCUGAGGUGCCAAAGCCAAUAAAAAUAAACAAUUUUCCCAACAUC